UAAUUGCUGUUGUCUGUCAGUCAUUGUCGUUUUUGAAGUAAAAUUCUCAAAAAAUGAAAUAAAACAACGCUAUUAUUCACGAAAAAUGUCGUCGGAAGAGCCUCAUGAGGAGUUAGUGGAAGUGUUGGAGGAUGAAUACAUUCACGACUACAAUACUGAUGUGGACACAACAUGUACUAUAUGUCAGGCGGAAUUCUUAGACCCGGAUGAUUUAGCCAUACAUUUACAACAAAUACAUAAAAUAUCGCUCUCACAAGCAAAGCUAUGUCAGAUCUGUAUGCAAAAGUAUACGGAUUUAAUAAGUUACGCUGAACAUUUCAGAGAUAAUCAUCUGACAAGCUUAUUUUACUGUUCACAUUGUUUACGCGCUUACAAGGAUGAUGAUGAGCAAAGAUUUCACGAAAAGAAGCAUAAAAGAGGUUAUAAAGCUAUGUUUUGCUGUGCACAGUGUAAUGAGGACUUCAGGUCGCUCCGGGACUUGAGGAAACACGAUGUAAAUGAACACAACAACCAGGAAGAUGGAAUUAUGAUACAACCUUUGUUACCAUACCUCUCAGCCAUUUUAAAAAUCAAAGCAGAGAACGUUCUAGUCUCUUUGCGAACAGAUACAGUCUAUGUCUGCGUUUAUUGCAAUUUUUCUACUGCAGAUAUUGACCAGUUUAUAAAGCAUUCUAUUAAAAAUAAAAAACAAUGUAAGGCUAGUGUCUGCAGUAGAUGCUCAAACGUUUACAAGAAAAAGUCUACCUUGAAACGGCAUUUGUUGAAACCGUGUGAUAAUGUGUCGAGCCGUAAGAUUCAAUGUCCAGACUGUAAUCUUGAAUUCAAUAACUGUACGUUUAAACAACAUAAGCGAAUGUGUAAAGUUAUCAAGUGUUACACUUGCGGAACGCGUUAUAAAUCGAUGUACGAAUUGUCUGAACAUCAGUCAAAAGAGCACCCGCUGUCUGUAGAGUUGAAAACUUGUACGUUUUGUUGGAAACAAUGCGUUGGAAGCGUUGGGUUACAGAAACAUAUCGACCGAAGCCACAAAGGGGACUUUCACUUAUACAAAUACAUGUGCGUUUACUGUAAAACAUCGUACAAGCAUCCACAAAAGCUCUUUGGUCAUUUCUUCACUAAGCACAAGGAUUUAGAACCGUACACCUGCAAGAUAUGCUCAAAAAAGUUUCGUUUACGCAAACGGUUUACUUUACACAUUAAAAUGCAGCAUUCAUCCAAUGGUUUUGUUGAAUUUGAUGAGAACUACCAUGUGUUCUUCACUGAUAAAAAAUCAGAGAAUCCUUUUAUUCCUAAAAGUAUAUAUGCUAAUGAAGAGGAGACAAAUGAAGUAACUGAAAAUGCUGGUGACAUGAAUAUGUUGAACUCUGAAAUGAGUGUAACAGAAACAGAAGGAAACCAGACGGAAGUUGAAAAACCUAAAGCAAGUCUAAAACGUAAGAGAGUACAGAAAGCCCGUAAGAAGGAAGAAGAAACUAUUAACCUUGAGUCUUCAGAUGAGGAAGAAUCCUUGUUAGUUGUAAGGAAAAGAGUUCAGAAAUCAGUGCCUAAAGUCAUUGGCAAAGCCUCUAGGAAACAAAAACUUACUACAUUGAACAAAAAGAGAUUUACUUGUAACAUCUGUAACAAAUAUUGUUAUACAUAUCAAAAUUACAACCAUCACAUUAGUUUGCAUUCUAAGAAAGACUAUAAGAAAUGCAUUAAGUGCUCAAAAGUAUUCCGAAGCAAGGAAAAGUUGAACAACCACAUCGCAAAUGAUCAUUCUUCAUCAAAACUUACAGAUACUUUAAAAACUAUGCUGGAAAAACGUAAAAAAGGCGAAAGCUACACUGACAGCUUACCAAUGUCAGAGAAAUUUAGACGUACCAUCAAAAAAGCAAACAUUUCCGAAGUAGACUUAACUUAUUCAACCGCAAACAUAAAGCUAGUUGACAACGGACUGUCCGUUCAGAAAUUUAUAGAGAAUUUUACACCAGAAUUAGAGACUAAACCAGACCCACCCUCUGUGGAACAUUCAAUAACUGUCAAAGUUGUUACUGGUGUCACAAAAGAAUCGUCAAUUAAAAUGACUAAGUAUGAAACGAAACCGGUUGCUACAGGGUUCAAACUAGCCAUGCCGGUGAAGUUCAAAGCUAGUAACGUGGAUAAAACUCCUGCUAGCAUCAGAUUGGUACAACCUGUGUCUUUGUAUGAAGACAGUCCGAGCCCGGACCAUACCUACAAUGAUGAUGAUGAUAUGGAGAGAAAUGACUCAAUACCAGAAGUCGCCGAGGAGGUUAUGCUCGAAGGAACAGAAGAAACACCGAGACAGACUAACAUACCUCACAAAAUUGUCAUUCCUAAACUACCUACUGAAUACAAAGACUUAAGAAUCGCUCACUUACUCCCGGAAGCACCUUUUUACAAAAUAGUUAAAGUUAAUGACGUCUUAAAUAUAGCGGAUAGUGAAAAAGUUGACCCAACUGAACGUCCAAGCAAACUGAGAACAAUAAAGUUACCGGACGGUACAAAAUUGGUGAAUACAAAUCCGUUGGCUCAUUUAUUGGGGAAUGCCAGUCUAGAUAAAGUAUUGGAGCCUAUGAAAAAUAAAUAUUAUAAGGCAAAGACUAAGAAUUUUCAAGGUAUGUUGGCAGAAGCACUUAGUAACCUGGAUAAACCAGCUCCUAAGAGGAAGAAGAAGGCGGAUCUGGCUUUGUCAGAAGUAAGCAGUCAAUUUGAAGAUUGAUAGACUAAUUGUACUCAACAGUUUGUACUUUCUAAGUAUAUCUUGGACACCAAUGGCUGUCUGAGGGUACUUAAAACUGUAGGUCCCACAGGUAGUCAGAAGCCAGUAAGUCUGGUAACCAGUCUUACCUAGGUGUAACUGAGUUAACCCUAGAAGCCUAAUCUAUUUCGAACGUACACAAAGCCUUAACAUACGUCUCAGAGGCGUACACAUAUAAAAGCCCCAAUUUUAGGUAAAUUAUUUAAUUAUUAUUUUUAUUAUUGAGCAGAAAUUUUAAUUUGGAAUAUAAACUAAAUAUAAAACAACACUGUUAUUAAUUAUAACUAUAAUUACAGUUAUUUAUUACAACAAAAAAACAAUAUGCAUAAAUUGGAACAAAAAAAAUUAACUUCUUCAAAAUCAGCUAAAAAAUAUAUAUUUUUUUGAAUACCAAAUAUUUUUUUUUACGCUAAUACCUAUUCUUAGAGCAAACAUUACAACUAAUCAGAUUUGAGCUUUAACAGUUGACCAAAUAUGUCCAUUCUGAGUACGAUUACGAACACGAUAAAUCCGCUCCGAGUUGGUAGGUGGUAAAACACGGUCUGCGCCAGAUGAUGGACCAGCUUCUGCAACAAGGGUAGGGUCGGUUUCUUCAGAGGCCCAGAUUCUUGUAAAGACGAAACGUACUCAGAUACUUCAUUAUUUUCGUCCUCGCUUUGAACGUUUUCGAUAAUCUGGUUAUCCUCAACUUCGGAAUCUGAAUCUUCCUGAAAAGGAUUGUCUUCCUCGUUCAAAAUUGCAAAAAUAUCGUCUUCAUCUAAUACAUUAGACCGUGACAUAUUUAUACCUGAAACAACGCCGAAAAAAGAUAUAAAAUAUACGAAAAACAAGCAAUAGUAAAAUCAUUCAAUCUCAGUUAAAAGUUACACAAAGCCUAAAUAUACGUCUCACAGGCGUGCAACACUUCGAUAAAUCAAAAAUGGCGGGACUUACCUCAACGAUAGGGGCACCAUCCUCUAGCUCCCGUCGGCCACGAAGAUAACAGAAGAGCACCACGCUCUAGCUUCAACCGUUAGAAAAAAAACAAACGAUAUUCGAAUGCGUGUACGUUUCGCAGGCGUAGAUUAGGCUUCUAGGGUUAAGCAGGUCAGAUAGGCAGUCGCGCCUUGUAUAACACUAGUACUCAGCUGCAUCUGGUUAGACUGGAAGCCGACCCCAACAUAGUCGAGAAAGGCUAGGCAGAUGAUAAUGAUGAUGUGUAACUCUACUUUUACUUUUUUAUCAGGGCACGGGAAGUAAAGAUAUACUUUUUGAACCACUGUGUAGUUAUUAUUUUACAAAAUGUAAAGGUGAAUGCUACAACUGGUAGCCGGAAAAUGCAAAUAUAAAAUUUAUAAUUGCAUUAUGAUGUUUAAAUAGCAUAAAUUUUAAUAUGACUAGUUUUGAAUACCCUACCAUUCUAAGCCUAUCUUAAGAACAAAAUAUUUACUUUAGUUUUGGUCCAUGUGUAAAAAUUAUGUAUUGCUAAAAAUAUUCCAUAAUUUAUUUUGGGACACUCAAAUAAAUUUAAAAAGUAUACAUUAUGUAAGUAGGAGCUAUGUUAUUUUACUUUUAUUAAUGUAAAUAAAUUAAUAAACUGAAUAUGUUAAGA